AUGACCUACGACACUUUGAAUCAUGGAAGAUCUUUGGGAAACUCGAGAAAUUGUUGCUAUCUUCUCGAUGUUGAUGGUCAUAUUUGUGGGCGAUAUUACCUAUGUCGGUUUCCCAUGUAUGAUGUUACCGUUCUGAAUUAUGGCUUCCAGUUGUCUUUCACUACACUUGAGCAUCAUUCGUUAUGGAUUUUAUUGUCGUCCUCCGAGGAUAGAGACUUGGAAGAAGAUAUAUGGGGUGUUGCCGGACUUGUUCUUGGUUUGGCUACCUCCGUCAGUGCAUUAUACAGAGCUGGAGAGUUAGAGACUGUUAUCAAGAUUAAAAAAAUGGUAAUAUCAUGGCUUCCAAACAUGAAUUCUCUAUUUCAAAGCUCUGAUUUGCAAGGGGGAAAAUCUGAUAUUAUUUUGGCAUUAGGAUCUUGUAUUGCACUUCCCACAAUAGUGACUUUUUGCCAAAGAAUGGAAUUGAUGGAUGAUAAUGAGUUGGAACAUAUUGUGCUUGGCUUUAAAAAGUUUAUUUCUGAGUUAAUAUCUGUGAAAGAGUCUGGUGUUUUGCACCAUAGUUUACUGAUGGCGUCGUGCAUUGGAGCUGGGACAGUAAUUUCGUGUAUACUGAAUGAAGGUGUUCAUUCUGUUGAAGUUGAGUGUGUUAAGUCUUUACUUGAACUAUUCAGGAAAUGCUAUUCCAAUCCUUUCCCUUUUCUUGUUCAUCUUGGUGGUAUGCUGGGAGUAGUUGCUGCUAUGGGAGCUGGUACAGGAAUUUUGGUCUAUAUGAAUUUUCCAAAUUAUACCAGGCAAUCUACUUAUCAGAAGGAGGAUUCUUCUUCUGUCACGACUCCCCUCCUUUCAAGCUCUGUCUGUGAGCCAUAUUUGACAUCAUUGGUGCAAGAAAUGUUUCUUGUGGCUCAGAAUCCCGAUAAUCAUCAGCUACAACAGUUUGCUUCUUGGGCACUUGCCUUCCUUCGACAUCAUUUAUGGUCCAAGGAACGUUUGGGGGUUGAUGAUGGUAAUGUGGCUGAAACUAAUUCAAAAUCCGUUUCUCAUAAUUUUCCAGAGGACAGUAUGGUUUUGAAACUUAGUUUGUGGCUUAUGGAGUUCAAAAACACCGAGCAAGGUAGUACUAUACAUGCUGGUACAAUUGUUGCUAUAUUAGGGUGCCUUUCAAGAGCUCCCAGGCUUGAGAAGCUAUUUGGUGAUGUGGGUUAUCAUUUUUGUUCAUUGAAUUCAUACAAAGAGUAUGACACCAACAAAAAAUACUUGUUGCGCCUUUCUUGCUGGAAGGGUCUCUAUGAGUGCCUUAAUGAAGUUUCUGUGGAUACUUCGAGCCACAUAUCACAUGUUGAGAGAUGCAUGGAGGUUCUGUUUACCUUAUUACCAGUUGUGGAAUCUUCUGGCAGUGUAGUUGCCGAGGACACAAGUUCUGUAAAGGAAUGGUCUGAGGCUGUAAGAUGCUUAGGGAAGGCUCCACAAGGUUGGCUAUUGGAUUUCCUGAAGGUUUCACAAGAGGAGUUUGUUCAGAGUUCAUUCAAAUCUAUUGAAGUCCAAAAGAAGGUUCAUGCUAAAGUCAAGCUUGUGAAAACUGGUUCUCUUCCACUAAUUGAACUAGGAAAAAUGAAAUCUUACAUAUUAAACUUCAAAUCACAAGGAAUCUGGGAUGUUCUCUUGGAAGUUGCGGCUGUUUUGUAUCAUGCAGAGAUAGGUUUUAAAAGGCAGUGGCUUAUUGAUGCUCUUGAAAUUAGCUGCGUGACCAGUUUUCCUUCUCAGGCACUGCAGUUUAUUGGUCUGCUAUCUGCUACCUGCUGCAAAUACAUGCCUUUUAUAAUUGUUGACCAACAAACGGUACUGAAUGAUCUACCAGUCACACUUGUGUCUCUUCUAGCAGCAGAUAAAAGCUGGAAUGUUGUUGCAGAAACUGUUGUUUCCCAUCUCUUUUCUUCGACAGAACGUAUAUAUGAUUGGACAAUGCACAUAGCAGACAGCUCUUAUGUUGAAGGUUCGCAAACCAUUGAUGAAAGUGAGAAUCAUAUGGGGGAUUUUCUACUGCAAGUGAUGCAUCAUACGUGUGUAUUAUUAAAAGAGUACUUGCCUUUAGAUAAGCAGCUUAAGCUUGCUAGCAUGGUUGUUGCUUGA